CAUUUACCUAUUCGACACAACUGUGUCUUGUUACCUUACUAUAUUUCUUAAAUUGUCUACGUAAUAUCCUAUCCCAAUGGAUUCCUCACGAAACACUCGCUAUUCAUAUCCUUAUGCUCAUGGCAAUACUGGGGCACCAGACAAUGUUCCAACUCUGUCCAAGGAAAUCUACCAGUACGAUGCUCCUUGGCAUACAUAUGCACUUGACUGGUGUAAGUCGCCUAUUGAUCGCAAGAGUUUCCGACUUGCCGUAGGAAGCUUUAUUGAAGAUAACAACAACAAGCUUCAAAUUAUUGCUCGCACUGACAUGUUGAGCGGUGGGUAUGAAGCUGGCCAAAAGGAUUUUACACCUGUCGCAGAAGCAGAAUCUUAUUAUCCGAUCACUAAAGUGCUUUGGGAGCCACACAGGGGUGAUUCGAGAAAUCAAGAUCUUCUUGCAACAACAGGGGAUAUCUUGAGAAUAUGGGAGCUUGUUGAUAACCCUCGGUAUGGAACAAACUCAAAUACGAUCAAUUCUUCGAGUGGAAGAGCAAGUCCAGCCUAUUAUCAACAACAAUUGGUCAAGAAAGCAGACUUGGUUAAUAUGAAGCAAACCGACUUCUGUGCUCCAUUGACUUCAUUUGAUUGGAACGAAACAGACCCCUCUCUAGUAGUAACAUCCAGUAUUGAUACUACCUGUACUGUUUGGAAUGUCGAAACUAGUCAAGCCAAGACACAGUUGAUUGCUCAUGAUAGUGAUGUGUAUGAUGUGGCAUUUAUGCAUGGGUCUGCGGAUAUUUUUGCAAGUGUGGGAGCAGAUGGUUCUGUACGUCUGUUUGAUCUAAGAUCCCUGGAACAUUCGACUAUUCUGUAUGAAGCUCCUCCUGCAGCCAAUCCAUCUUCGAAUGGAGCAGGAGCAGGAAAUGGAGGACAUGGCAGUAGUCUGCAUAGCGGAACUGUUCCAUUGUUGCGCCUUGAGUUUAACAGUCUUAAUCAGAACCAUCUAGCCACCUUUCACAUGGAUUCAUCCGCUGUCCAGAUUCUUGAUAUCCGCCACCCCAGUGCACCUAUUGCUGAGCUUGUUAAAGGACACAAUGGCAGUAUUAACUGUCUAAGCUGGUCUUCCACUCAGCCAGGCCAUCUCUGUACUGGUGGUGAUGAUUCCCAGGUGUUGGUGUGGGACAUUAACCAGCCAAAUGGAAUCGAUCCUAGCCGUCCCGCUUAUCACCAAUCAACUCAAACAAGGUUUAAUCAGCAAGCACCCCGCUCCAUUCAGGACCCUGUAUUGGCUUAUGGAGCUGAGUCCGAGAUCAAUGCUUUGACGUGGAGCAAGCGAAACCCAGAUUGGAUUGGAGUUGGGUUUGGAAAAACCAUUCAAGCACUUCGUGUUUAAGGAAAGGUGUAUAUUAUUUACUUGUCAAAUAAAGAAAUAAAGAAAAUCUUUUC